AUGCCUCCCUCGGCUGUACCCAAAAGGCGAAAGAUUGUUGUUCUUGGUUCUCGUUCCGUCGGCAAGUCCUCGCUUGUCGUCCAGUUCAUCGAGAACCACUUUGUCGACGCAUACUACCCCACCAUCGAGUCUAUCUUUCAAAAGACUCUCAAGUACAACGGCGUCGAAUUUGAAUGCGAGAUCAUCGACACCGCCGGCCAGGAUGAAUUUUCAAUCUUCAACUCCAAACACGCUAUAGGCAUCCACGGCUACGUCCUCGUCUACUCCGUUGCCUCGCGCAACUCGUUCAACAUGGUCCAGACCGUGUACGACAAGAUCAUAGACUUCUGCGGCACGCAGGACGUGCCCUGCGUCAUCGUCGGCUCAAAGACCGACCUGCAGUCCAGCUCUCCCGUUCCCAGCCGCCAGGUCGAACCCAGCGAGGGCGAGCGCCUCGCUCAGCAGAACCACGCCGCUUGGGUUGAAACGAGCGCCAAGAACAACACCAACGUUGACCAAGUUUUCGAACUGUGUCUCGCUGAAAUUGAGAAACGAUCCGAGCGGAACCUCCUCGUGCCCCCAUCUUCAACAACAGCCGCUACUAAAGACAAGGGCUACAGCUGCUGCAUUAUGUAG